AAAGGAGUUUGAGACAAACUCACAUCAACGGUAGUUCCCGUGUCGCUGGUCUACACACGAUGGAUUGAAAAUGGGUGCUGUCCCACCGCAUGGAGCAUCCUCCCUUUAAAGCCGAGUUUGCUCACAUCACAUUCUAUAAAUUAAGGAAGUUUUUGUCUGUCUUUUUUGCACUACUGCCUGGGAAUAUUUUUUAUAUUCGCUGACGCACAAGAAUCGCACAGAAAGAUGAGCAACAUCUACGAGUCGGCGGCCAACACCCUGGGCCUCUUCAAUAGCCCGUGCCUGACCAAAGUGGAGCUGCGUGUGGCCUGCAAGGGGAUCUCUGACCGGGACGCCCUGUCCAAACCGGACCCCUGUGUCAUCCUCAAAAUGCAGUCUCACGGCCAGUGGUUUGAGGUGGACAGAACGGAGGUGAUCCGCAGCAGCAUCAGCCCUGUGUUCUCCAAAGUCUUUACGGUGGAUUUCUACUUCGAGGAGGUCCAGCGGCUACGCUUCGAGCUGCAUGACAUCAGCAGCAACCAUAAUGGACUGAAGGAGGCCGACUUCCUGGGGGCCAUGGAGUGCACGCUUGGCCAGAUUGUAUCCCAGAGAAAACUGUCCAAAGCUUUACUCAAACAGGGAAACACUGCCGGAAAGUCCUCCAUCACGGUUACAGCUGAAGAGCUGUCUGGAAAUGACGAUUACGUUGAGCUCUCCUUCAGUGCUAGGAAGCUGGAUGACAAGGACUUUUUCAGCAAGUCGGAUCCGUUUUUGGAAAUAUUCAGAAUAAACGAUGACGGCACUGGUUCGCUUGUCCAUCGAACUGAGACCGUUAUGAACAAUCUCAACCCGGUGUGGAAAACAUUCAAGGUUUCUUUGAACACUUUGUGCAGCGGAGACCAUGACCGUGAACUAAAGUGCACCGUGUGGGACUGGGAUUCCAAUGGGAAGCACGACUUCAUCGGAGAAUUUCAGACAACUUUUAAAGAGAUGAGAGGAGCUAUGGAUGGGAGACAGAUCCAGUGGGAAUGCAUAAAUCCGAAAUACCAGGUCAAGAAGAAGAAUUACAGGAACUCCGGUGUUGUUAUUCUCAACCAAUGCAAGAUCAUCAAGAUGCACUCCUUCCUCGAUUAUAUCAUGGGAGGAUGUCAAAUCCAGUUUACAGUAGCUAUCGAUUUCACGGCAUCUAACGGGGACCCACGAAACAGCUGCUCGUUGCACUACAUCCACCCGUACCAACCUAAUGAGUAUCUGAAGGCCCUGGUCGCCGUGGGGGAGAUCUGCCAAGACUAUGACAGCGACAAAAUGUUUCCUGCGUUCGGGUUCGGAGCUCAGAUACCACCUGACUUUAAGGUUUCUCAUGAUUUUGCUGUGAACUUUGAUGAAGACAACCCAGAGUGUGCUGGAAUCCAGGGGGUUGUCGAAGCCUACCAGAACUGCCUUCCAAAGAUCCAGCUGUACGGACCCACCAACAUCGCCCCCAUCAUCCAGAAGGUGGCUAGCUCCGCCUCCGAGGAGAUGCACACCAAGGAGGCCAUGGAGUACUUCAUCCUGCUGAUCCUGACGGACGGCGUCAUCACCGACAUGGCCGACACCCGGGAGGCCAUCGUGCACGCCUCCCACCUGCCCAUGUCCGUCAUCAUCGUGGGCGUGGGCAACGCCGACUUCAGCGACAUGCAGAUGCUGGACGGGGACGACGGCAUCCUCCGCUCGCCCAAGGGGGAGCCCGUCCUGCGGGACAUCGUGCAAUUCGUGCCGUUCCGCAACUUCAAGCACGCCUCUCCAGCAGCCCUGGCAAAAAGUGUUCUAGCCGAAGUUCCCAACCAAGUGGUUGACUACUACAACGGCAAGGGGAUCAAGCCCAAGUGUCUCUCCGAUUUUGAGUCUUCCAGGACGUUUAGCCCCUAACAUCAUCAUCAGAAACAGCUCCA